UGCACUUAUUUAAAAGCACGCAUCUAAUACAACGAUCUCAUUCACAGCUCAGCAUCUAAUCGCAUCAGUAGUAAAGUAAAUCGUAACAGCUCGCAUCCAAGAUGUUGUCUUUUGCAAUUGCUCUAGUUCUGUUGUGCGCAGGAGUACACAGUCAGAACGCCGCCUCCUACACCAUUAACUCCGACGGCACCACCAACAUUGCUGGCAAGAUUGGGUUGGCAGGGAACGAUCAGAAUGCAUUAAGUGCUUUAAUUUCCAAGUCAUCCACGGGCGCUAUCAGCAAAGGCCUGGCUUACGACAAUGUGAAUGGUCACGGGCUUUCUGUAUCGCAGACGAACAUCCCUGGCUUCGGCAGUCAGUUGACCGGCGCGGGGAAGCUGAACUUAUUACAUAACGAGAACCACAACCUGAAUGCGAACGCCUUCGUUACCAAAAAUAUGCCGAGCAUUCCUCAAGUGCCUAACUUCAACACUGUCGGAGGAAAUCUCGAUUAUACCUUCAAGGAUCGAGUGGGUGCUACCCUGGGCGCCGCCAGGACCCCAUUCCUGCAGCGCACCGACUAUUCAGCGAUGGGCAAGCUGAACCUGUUCCAGUCACCCUCCACCUCUGUGGACCUCAACGCUGGUUUCUCUAAGUCCGUGUCACCACAUUUCAACACUAAGUGGGAACCAUCAGGAGGAUUGUCUUUCACCAGAUUUUUCAGUGGGAAAUAAGGCUGUCAUUUUCGUCAAUCGAUUUACAAUCUUGGUAAAUCGGAUGUUUGCUAGUCGUAAAUAUUGUAAAUAUGGACACUUUAAGCUUUAAAGAAUUCUUCUUAUUAUUAAAUGUAUUGUAUUU